AUGAACCCCAUCUGGAUGGUCAAGACCAGGAUGCAGCUGGAGAAAAAGGCCAGAGGAGAGAAGAAGAUGAACGCUCUGCAGUGUGCUCGUUACGUUUACAAAACAGAAGGUGUCCGAGGGUUUUAUCGAGGCCUCACUGCGUCUUAUGCUGGGAUCUCAGAAACUAUGAUCUGCUUCUUGAUCUAUGAAACACUGAAAAUACACCUUGCCAAGAGCCAGUUUGCCUCCCCCAACGGAGGAACUGAGAAAGGAGCCUCGGACUUCCUCAGCCUCAUGAUGGCGGCUGCAGUCUCAAAGGGCUGUGCGUCCUGCGUUGCCUAUCCACACGAGGUCAUUCGGACGAGACUGCGGGAAGAGGGCAGCAAGUACAAGUAUUUCUUCCAGACGGGGAGGUUAAUAGCUGUGGAAGAAGGAUAUGCAGCUUUUUAUAGAGGACUCAUUCCACAGUUAAUUAGGCAGAUCCCCAACACAGCCAUCGUCCUCUCCUCGUAUGAACUGAUCGUGUACCUGCUCAGAGAUGCCAACUGA